GUUACUCGUGCAAUCACUACACACAGUUAUUUUGUCAACUUUUGUGCUUAUAUUUGUUUACUUCUCGAAACUGUUUAAAAAAGAAAGCUGACAAUAUGAAAAUGAAGUUAAUUGAUCCCGUUGUAAAAAGUUUUAAAGUGGCAAAAGUUUUUCGUGAGAAUACCGAUAAAAUAAAUGCAAUAGAUUUUUCUCCAAAUGGUGAACAUUUAAUUUCAUGCAGUGAGGAUGAUCAAAUUGUCAUUUACGAUUGUGAAAAAGGAACACAGUCCCGAACAGUUAAUUCCAAAAAAUAUGGCGUGGAUCUGAUUCGCUUCACACAUGCUAACAAUACUGCCAUACAUAGCUCAACAAAAGUGGAUGAUAAUAUACGUUACCUGAGUCUGCAUGAUAAUAAAUAUCUGCGUUACUUUCCUGGUCAUACUAAAAAAGUAAUUUCGUUAUGUAUUUCACCAGUAGAGGACACUUUUCUAUCAGGCUCAUUGGAUAAGACACUACGCUUAUGGGAUUUGCGUUCACCUAAUUGCCAAGGGCUAAUGAAUUUACCAGGUCGCCCUGUCGCAGCAUACGAUCCCGAAGGCCUAAUAUUUGCUGCCGGUGUCAAUUCAGAAAGUAUCAAAUUAUAUGAUUUACGUUCUUUCGAUAAAGGACCGUUCGUAACAUUUAAAUUAUAUCAAGAGAAAGAAUGCGACUGGACUGGAUUGAAGUUUUCAAGAGAUGGAAAAAUUAUACUGAUUAGCACAAACGGUUCCAUAAUACGAUUAGUCGACGCUUUUCAUGGCACACCAUUACAAACAUUCACUGGUUACCCUAACAACAAAGGUAUUCCAAUAGAGGCAAGUUUCAGUCCAGAUUCCCAAUAUAUUUUCUCUGGAAGUACCGAUGGCCGUGUGCACAUAUGGAAUGCAGAUACAGGUUGUAAAGUGUGCGUUUUAAAUGGAGAUCAUCCCGGACCUGUACAGUGUGUUCAAUUCAACCCCAAGUACAUGAUGCUUGCUUCAGCUUGUACAAAUAUGUCUUUUUGGUUGCCUACUGCUGAUGACGACAUGUAAAAUAAACCAUUUUCGUACACAAUUUUCAAACAAUUAUAUUUUUAAUCUGCAUAUGUAUAUGACUAAGCUCUUAAUUCUUUUAAAUAAAAAGGAC